CUUUUUAGUUAAAAAUCGAAAUGGCCUUUCAGUCAUCUGUCAGUUGUCUGAUUGUCUGGUAUGCAAAUGGUAUUGUGCAAUCGAAAGUGGUCGUUCCCAUGGCCAAAUGUCAAAAUUUUUGUCACUUGAAUCGACAUCCUGUCUGAUUUGGGGUAAUCAAACAACAGUUUUUUAAAUGUUAGCCUAUCAAUUAUUCUUUAAGUAAUUUAAAUUAAUAUUAAGUGCUAAUAAGAUAACAAAUGUAAAUUAGUUCAAAUCCAUAAAUUACGCAUAAUUCCUAAGAAAAUUAAAGGUCAUAACAACAAUGAAAAACGAUACUAUUGGAGAUGUAGUCGAGGAAGUAGAUGUUUUUAAAUUAAUUUUAAAAUUAAGGCAUGAGAAACUGCUGAUCAGAAAUGAAAAGCAGUACAUACAAGAAUUGAAUAAUUUAAUUAGAGAAAAGACACACGAGAUCAUCAGGGAUUCAUGGAUAACAACAAAACAACGUUUAUUGCUGUACCAAAGAGAAAGUACCACUAAGAAUUACCAAAAACUUGAUCAUUUAUUAAAAUCUGAGUUUAUUGAUGCUAAACAGAUACUUGGGUUUCAGAAUACCAUAAAAAUCGGAAAUCUUCUGCAAGUGCUCAGAUCUCAACCGAUUCAGCUGGCAAAAUGGCUCAUUGCUGGCGAGCAGUUGGUCGACGAAGCUCAAGGAUAUUCGUUUUUUCUAGAAAACAUUGUAGUAGGUCUAUUCGGUUGUUUAAUGUUUUCAGAAGAUAUAAGAUAUAUGCUGUCAUUGUUGUAUGAGUUAGCAAAGUUGCAACUGUUGAACUGCGAUAACCCCAGGAGAAUCAUUAAGCAAAGAACGUGUUCCUUCAAACACUUGUAUUUCUUAUUUCACGAAGUAUUACAAUCAGCGAAAUUUUUUCUAAGCGCAGCUAUGGAAAUACCUAUAGUUCAAAUGAUGUCUUGUACGGACUACUACUUAGAUUUAGAUCCAGAGAAAACUAUUAUGAGAUUUAAGCAAGACGAAAACGAAGUUACCAAUAUUUUUCAAGACGUAGAGGAGUAUAGAAGCGAAGUCGUAGGAAAAUUAGCAGAAUUCAGCAAUACAAUCAUAUCGUCGCUUUUAGAGAACGUUUAUAGUUUCCCGAAAUCGAUAGCCUGGAUAGUUUCGCGCAUAGCUAAGAUUAUCGAAAAAUCUUUCAGUUCCAAACAGGCAAACGCCAUAAUCACGGAACUAAUCUUCAACCUAUACAUUUGCCCGGUAAUCGUGGAUCCUGAACAGUACGGCAUUUGUACAACGCAAGUUAACGAAAUCGCCAGGCAUAACUUGAUCCAGGUGUGCCAAAUUUUGCAAUCGUUGGCUUUGCGCAAAUACGAACCCAUAGAUCCAAGGUAUUCAGAUCUGUUCGAUAUGUUGGACAAGAGUAGAGUUUGCAAUUUCAUCGAAUUGCUGUUGUUCGACAUGGAUUGCGAGGAACCCCCUAUCGAUACGUCGCCCAGUCUCGUCAGGGAUAUCAUGUUGUUUACUGAGAGCGAACUUAAUAAUAUAGUGUCUAUAUUGCAAAAAAUCCAAGUCAGACAGAAGAUCAACGAUAAUUUCGUCAAAGAUUUAUCGAUAGAAGAGCAACUGGCUUCUUUGAACAUAUCUUGCGAUAAUUCCCCUAAAUCCAAUCGUUCAUUGAACAAUGACGAAAACGUUUCUAAAUUGUCCAAUUUUUUUGCUCUAGGUACCAAAAAUCACUCUUCCGCUACAUCGAUUACCGACUCAACAGCCAAAAAUUUCGCCACCCAUAACGUAGUUCUAGUAUUUCCGAUAGACCAAGCGCACUCAGACCCUAUUGGGCUAAUCUCGGAGGAGAAAAUCAUAGCGGCCAGUGCGGUACUGGUAAAAAAUUGCAACGGCUUUGAAGGCGACGCCCAGAAAGUGGAGGUGGAUUCCAUGCCGGAAACGCCGCCACAAAAUGGCGAUUUGAAGCAGAGUUUCACGUACCACGACGAGGGAUCCAUUGGCAAUACGUCUGAUAAUCUGGAGGCAAUAUCAGAAGCGGCUAGCAAUCAUUCAGUGGACAGCAGUAUCGAACUGGAAAAUGAGGACCAAAAUGACAAUUUGUCGGAUAUGGUGUCUGCAAACGUAUCAGGUCGGGGAACACCGAACAUAUCGGGCCGUGAUACGCCCAGUUCUCAGGUAUGCGAAAAUGACGACCGUCCUUUAGGGGAACCCCGUCAGGCAGAGGUCGCUCAGCCGCAACCUAACCUUAAUCUUAAUCGUCAAAUACGUUCCGAAAUCGAUGAUAAGUUUUGCAAGUUCGAAAUCAAGAAACUAAUGGAAGGCGAUGAGACGAUUUCUAUAAUUUCCGAAACUUGGAGUACGGACGUUUUGGCUUCAGACAACGAGACCUUGGACGCCGGGGAAUCCCGGCAGCCGUUGCAGUUGGCGGAAGCUAUACAAGAGGUUCCGAAUAUUCUUGAUUUGUCUGAAACGCAGAGCGAGAGUGCUUGGUCCACUGACGUCAUGACGUCUGAUACUGAAAGGUUGACGGAAGUCGACAACGAUGAUUCCGUCAGCGUGGCCCAAUCAGACGAAACUCGUUCCGAAACGGACGACAACGCGUGCUCCAGUCGAAGGCAGUCGACUUGUUCUAAUUCCUUCGUUCCUAUUACGACCAAUCAGAACUAUGUAUCCAGCGUGACAGUUCAAAAUAUGAGUUUUCUCCCUUCCAACGGACCGUCGUCAGUCAGCACCAAGAACAAGUACGUCGUUACGUCUUCUUUCACGUCGGAAUAUAAAAAUGAUAGAAUGAAUAGGAAAGUCUAUCAAACGGAACACACCGACAACAAUGCUAACAGGGUGUUUAAGGCAUUAACCAUGGAACAAUCUGAGUCUCUGGGGGAAGGAAACGAAGUCAAAACAUCGAUAUACAAAUCGACAAUCGUUAAAAACGGGCUUAUUGCCAAAGAUUCCGAAUUAAACAAUUUGGCUGGUCCCAGCGGCAUGAUCGAAUCACAAAAAUCCCACCACAAUCGGCCGAACGAGAUCCUGCUUAGCAACUGCAGCUUAAACUCGAGUUCGAGCGGUUCGAGCAGCCACAGCUUCGAAAACAAAAACGCUUCGGAACAGUGGGAAAGCAAACAGUGGCUAAACAGUUCCGGCAGCAGUUUGAACGUCACGCUUACGCCAUCGGAGAGCACCAGCGAAUUAUCUGUAAUGAGCAUCGGUAAAAAGACGGCAGGACGAGGCUUGAAACCGUCCGUGUCCACUGGAGCGAUCCCCAAGAGCAUCAGUUUCGAUAUGAGCGCCGAUAAGGGCCUGGAGGAGGACGGUAGAUCAAAACGUGGAGGCUUCUUCGGGAAAUUGAGGAUGGGAUUCAAGAACAGAAGGGGCAAGAGUCUCAGGAACCAGGAAGAGUUUCGCAUGGGGCUAGAUAGCGAUGAUUUCAUGGGGAAGAAUUGCGGGAAGAUAGGUAAUAGUACAGAAGUGUCCGAUGACAUAUUAGCCAAAUACCGAACAAAGCCUUUCGUCGAGAACGAAACCAUAAAGGAAAACUGUGAUUUGAGUAAAUCUCUAAAAGGAAAGAAUGAGUAUAGGAGCAAUAGUGAAGAAGUGAAUAGCUUUAAUGAUAUUAAGAAUAAAUUGCGUUUAGUUUUAAGUAAUACUUGGGAAAUUCCACAUUACGUUAAGAAUAACCCCUUUAGCAUUAAGAACAAAAUCGAAACAAUGUUGCGCUUGGAAUUGGGCAAGGCGAGACGGCUCCGAGAGUGGUCAGACGUCGCUAGAAUUUCGGAGGCUAUCAGAUGCGUCAAUUUGUUGAACGACGACAGUUGCCUGAAGUUGUUACGUUCGAUGCGUGACGAUAUUGUAUUGCGGUCGACGUACGUCAAGUAUCUGGCCUGUUCCAAGCAGGAAUUGUUGUUUUGCGAGAGUUAUUUAAAUAGUUUACAAGAACAAAUUACUAAUGAUAAGUACCAGUGCGAGAAAUACUUGGCAGCAAUAUGCGUCAAGGAAUUUUUGUCCGAACAAGAAUCGAUGAUAUUAGAAUUUUGUGUUGAAUUCAAGCAACUCAGUUUGGCCGACGAAAAAUGUCAUUUCUUGCAGAAUUUUUAUUCUAAGUUGUUUUUGUUGAUGAAAAGUAGUUCUGCAUGGAAAGGUAUUAUACGAAAUAGAGAAAAGACUUUAAAAAUUACUUUGGAGCGAUUUAUUAUGAGCAAAACCUAUAAAAAUUCUAUUUAUCCAAAUGGUGACGGCGAUAGAGAUAGAGACCGCGUUCUGGAAAACCACAUUGAAAAGCUAUCAAAGAUCAUUACACCCAAUCACAAGGACCUUCUCAUCGACAAGCUGUAUCUACGUGAGUGUCCUUGGCAGCCGGCCCAAGACGCCCUGACGGCUUUGAACGUCUACAAGACACCCAGAGACAAGGUCAAGUGUAUUGUUCAUUGCGCCAAAUGCAUCAUGGAUCUUCUGUCUAUGUCUCACAGCCGAUCGUCCGCCACCGCAGACGAUUUUGUGCCCGUUUUGGUUUAUGUGAUAAUCAAGGUGAAUCCGGAAGCACUGUUAUCGACUAUCCAGUACGUGAACAGCUUCUUCCACAAUCAAUUGAUCGGCGAAGAAGAAUACUGGUGGACGCAGUUCUGCGCGGCCGUGGAAUACAUCAAAACCAUGGACUAUUCCGAUUGACACCAAUUGUUAUAUAAUAAUAUUUACGGAAAUGAUUUACUUGUACCUACCCUAAAGAAAUAUUAUUUAUGAUUUUUAUUAAUCUGUUAGGUUAUAGAGCGUUUAUAUUUUUAAUAAAAAUAUUUAUAUUUUAA